UCAGAUGGAUGACACGAAGCUGCGCCGAAUCGAGCGCGAGCUGGAGCAGACGCGCAACGCGCUGCACUGGCAGACGAAACGCUGCAACCAUCUAGUGGCAGCGCUCACACUCAAACUGGAGCAACGCGACGCCGACGUCUUGGCGACGCGACACGAACGCGAAACGCAACUGGCGCAGAUCAUGCGCGCGCUGCUCGUGCUUGAGGCGCGUCUGCGCCGCGAACAGCGCAGCAUACGCGCACAGCUCGGCAGUCGCGACGCGCUUAUCAGAGAGCAGCAGCUGGAGAUCGAGCGGCUGAAGAAGAUGAUCGAGCCGCAGCGACCAGUCAGUCCGCCCGAGAGUUUCCGCAACGAUCCCACAGAAGAGUGCGAUGUCAGUGUCAAGCCAGAUCUCAUCAGUUCGCUGGGGAUUUGGCAGCAAACCAACAACAAACCCUUGAAGACUGCACAAACCUCAAACGGGGAGCAACACCUUGAGGAAUGGCAGCCUGUCAACCCUUCAACAAAUCUAGUAGCUUCAAAACCACCAGAGCACCAUCUUGAGGAUUCCCUGGGGAUUUGGCCCAACAAACCCAUCAAGACCCCGCACACCUCAAAAGGGCACCAACAUCUUGAGGAACGGCAGCAUCAACCCAACAACCUAUCAACGAAUCUAGAACCUUCAAAAACCAAAUCACCCAAUCUUAAGGAAUUCACCAGCAGAAGAACUGAAGAAAUUUCAAAAAUGCCAAAACAUCAUCUUCAGGAAUUCAGAAGCAAAAGAACUGAUGGAACGUCAAUAGCAGAAGAGCGUCAUCUUGAGGGACUCACCAAUCAUGACUACAGAGAACCCUUGGUGUCAAAUGGUGGUAGUACCAAUCCUGAAAACCCUUUGACUACAGAUGUAACCAAUACUACAAAAUUUGACCAUGAUGAACCAUCGGUGACAAAUGGUGGUAGUACCAAUCUAGGAAACCCUGUGAUUACAGAAGCAAGCAAUACCACAAAGUAUGUAACAAUCAAUGAUAGUUCAGGAGAUGUGGGGUCAUCAAAGUUUAGGCCAAAAUCAUUGUCAGCCAAUGAUUGUUCCACUGAAGAUGUGGGGACAAAAGGGGUGGGUACCAACAAAUACCGACAGAAAGGUUUGUUGAUAAAUGGUGACCUUGAAGACUUGACCACAAAGUACAGGCAGAAAAGUUUGAAGGUCAAUGGUGGGGGUGAAAAUUCAUCAUCAAAUAAUGUAAAAUACAUGCAGAAAGGUUUGGUGUUGGAUGGAGUGGUUAAUGAUGUGACAACCACUUCAUACAGACCCAAGAGGUUUGAAGCUGAAGAUGUACCUAAAGUCACCUCCCCCAGACAGAGAAAAAUGUUGAUGAAUGGUGGAGGGGGAACAGAGACGAGCUUAGAGAGAACACCUUCUUCUUCGUCUUCUUCUUCCACCUUAUCCUCCACACUGUCCUCUCUGUCAUCUGCUUCAUCGGUUUCUCUCUUGUCGUCAUCCUCAUCAAUCUUGAAGCCAUCUUCGUUCGAUGAUGAAGAAGAUGAUGGUUUGGUUGAUAAUAGUAGAGGUGGUGCAGCUGUGGAGAGGAGUGUAAGUAUGGGGAAAAAAGAGGAGAAAACAGUCAAGAUCUCCGAUAUAAUCCAAGUGCGGACACAUUCUGACGAUUUGUCAGAGUGUGAGAGCUCAGAUUCAUUCACAAUAAUUCACGACAUGAAAAAGGCGGCAGAAUACAGGAAUGGGGAUGCUGGUGUGGAGGUGAAUACCAUCAAAACUCUACCCAGUGCACUGUUGCAUGAGAUGCAGGUACAAUCCAAGACUGGCAGAAAUGAGUACCAUGAUAACCCGGUUCUGGAGUGUGUCAACCAGAUUCUUCUGAGGGACCAGGAGGAGUUCCUUGAGGAGCAGAGGGUGUUGAGGAUGAGGGAGAGCGAGAAAAACCAAAGCCAAGAUAAUCUCAACUUGGUGGGAAGGAGCUCAAGUAGAGACGACUUAACCAGGUUGGACCAGGAUAAAAACCUGGUGGUGUCUAGAAGAAUGUUGCAGACCACCUACAAUGAUAAACCUCCAUGUUUGGUGACAUCAUCACAGCUGUCCCUCAUUGGUAGUGUGAGUUUUGAUGAGGAACUGAAUGCUGUGGAUGUGUCGAGCAGGGAGCAAAAAUCCAAACAGCUGAAAAGUGUGGGUAAAAGGAGUUUAAUACCACCAGCAUUACCUCCCAAACCUUUGAAACUGCUCAGUAUGAGAUCACCUGACUUUGAAGCUUCUCAACAGAACAUGAAAUCCAAAAUAUCACCACAAUCUAAACUACCACAAAAGUAUGACCUAGAUAUGAGGUUGUUGGACAACCAACCCAGUUGUCAUCCGAUUAUCAUCGGGAAUGCUUCCCCAGCUCUACCUGAGCCCAAUCCUGACAGCGAGUUGUAUGUGAUAUCCAAUUCAGCGCUGGAUGAUGACUUAGUGCAACAGAUACAAGGGCGGAACAAAAAGUGUGGCAAGGAAUUGAAGAAUGUCUUACAUCCUGAACAGAAGGGGAUGAAUUUGACGCAUGCGUUGAUACAUUUCCCGGCGGGGAAGAAUUGUAGUAGUGGGGGUAAGGAAGUUGUGGGGGUUUCCCCUAGUAAAUUUGAGGAUAAGAGGAAAACUACCCCGGUGAAAAAUAAGCCUGUGAUUAUGGUGGCUUCCCCUGUUUCAACACUGUUAGCUUCUUCUAGUGUGGAGAGUAAGGGUGUGGAGGAAGAAGUGGUCCCGAGUGUGUCUCAGAUGGUGAAGAGGUUCGAGCACCUCAGUGAGGAGAAACUGGAGGGUGACGGCAACACCGCAUUGAUGGAAGACGGCAACAGCGCAUUGAGGGACAAUUUCGAGGAGUUCCGUCUGGACGACAUGGACGUCAUCUGCGGGGUGACAGCUGAGGAGGAUAACGAGAAUAAGGAACCCGAGAAAUGUUUGAGCGGCAGUGUUGACACAACAACGGCCUCGGUGACUGUCACCCCCUCGGAGGCGGGGGUGAGCUAUGAGAACUUCCUCGAGGCAACCGGGUUGAGCCAGAAGUCGAUCAUGACUCCGUCGAGGAUUUUCAGCAACAAUCAUCGGAAUGUGUUGAAGCCCAAGGAUGUGAAGCAUAGGAGUCGGGUCAAGGCGGCGAAUACGAUUUCAAAUCCGACCGUAAGGUAUUGGACGGAGCCGUUUCUUUGAGAGUAAUUAUUCUCAUAGAGAAAAUAAUACUAAUAAUUUGAAUUAUGAUGUAAAACAAAUCUAGAAGCACAGAGAAUUGUUCCGAAAUCAGUUUCCUCCCGAGUAGUU